UUUCAUUCACUAUUCACGUGCGCGCUGCGACUGACUGAUUGACACAGUGUGACUGACAAACUUCCAUCAAGUUUUGUAAACAAAUUAAUUGUGGCGUGAACUUGUUGAUCGAAUUUUACAUUGAUUAAAGGAAGUUAAACAUAAUACAUGAGAAUUGAUUGAAUAUGGCCACAAAUAUGGAUUUUAAAGAACUAGAAGCAGACGAAGCUAUUAAGAAAAAAUUAACAACAAUGUCUCAAGCGCUUGACAAAAUUGAAGAAGUGUUUAAGUUUGCAGAAGAAAAAGGAUUUUAUGAAAAAUUAUCAAACAAACAAAAAAUUGACUUCAAUAUUUUGUUAUCUUUCAGUUUAAAUAGUUUAUUUUGGAUGUAUUUAAGGGCAGAAGGAAUCGACCCAAAGAAACACAAAAUCACAUCAGAAAAUGAUAGAGUAAAAUCAACAUUGUUACGAGCCAGAGAAUUGUUUAAAAAAGACCCUCUUCAACCAAGAAUAGAUACACAAGUUGCUAAGCGAUUCAUAAAGCAUAGUUUAUGGGUUCCAAUUGAAAAUAAAAAUGAAUCAAUUAAUACCAACGAUGGCAAUGAGACCGGUACAAUGGAUACUAGUCAAACUGAAGAAAAUUGGGAUUAAUUUAUUGAAAAAUAUAUUUAAUUUUGUAUACAUUUUUGAAUUAUUUAGUGUAUUAAUUAUGUACUAUAUUACAAUUAAGAAAUCUUGACAGUUUUCUUUAAAGAAAGUUUAAAAUAAGACUGUUUUGUGUAAAUAUUAAAUUUACAUAUGCAUAAAAAUAAAACCAAUUUUUUUACCGUA